GUGGCCAAUGGGCGCGCGCGGCGGGCGGAGGGCGGAGGGCGAAGGGCAGGCCAGGGCGCCGCAGACGCGCGGACGCUGGCUCGCUCCCUUCCUCCGAUGCUAUCAAAUGAUGCUGUUUGGAAAAGUUUCCCAGCAGUUGUGUGGCAUAAAGAAACUCCCAUGGUCAUGUGAUUCCAGAUACUUCUGGGGCUGGUUGAAUGCAGUGUUUAAUAAGGUGGAUUAUGAUCGCAUCAGGGAUGUUGGCCCUGACAGGGCGGCAUCCGAGUGGUUGCUGCGCUGUGGGGCCAUGGUGCGCUACCAUGGCCAGGAGAGGUGGCAGAUGGAUUACAACCACCUUCCAACAGGCCCUCUGGACAAAUACAAGAUUCAGGCUAUUGACGCCACCAACUCUUGUAUCAUGAGCAUUGGAUUUGAUCACAUGGAGGGCCUACAGCAUGUUGAAAAAAUAAGGCUGUGUAAGUGUCAUUAUAUCGAGGAUGACUGUUUGGUGAGACUUGGUCAACUUGAAAAUUUACAGAAAAGCAUAUUGGAAAUGGAAAUAAUAUCCUGUGGGAAUGUCACAGACAAAGGCAUCAUUGCUUUGCGUCAUUUAAGAAACCUCAAAUAUUUGUUGUUAAGUGAUCUUCCCGGAGUAAAAGAAAAAGAAAAUCUUGUCCAGGUCUUUGAGACAGCACUGCCUUCUCUGGAACUAAAAUUACAAUUGAAGUAAAAUAAUGUGUCUUAUUUCAGUAUAAAGGAUCAUUUGAAACUGUUGAUUCUAAACAUCAACUAAUAUUAUAUAGUCAUCAGUAGAAUUAUAAGGAUGCCAUAUCAUGACAUUUUAGAAGUAGAGAGUGCAUUAUAUUUAGAAAAUAAAUAUUCAGACAUGACUCACUAAUGUUACUAAGUUGGAAGUGAGAAUUUAUGUACCUUAAUUCAUUUUAAGAAGAGUGCAGCCAGGCGUGGUGGCUCAUGCCCAUAAUCCCAGCACUUUGAGAGGCCAAAGCAGGCAGAUCACCUGAGGUCAGGAGUUCGAGACCAACCAUGGCCAACAUGGUGAAACCCCGUCUCUACUAAAAAGACAAAAUUAGCUGGGUGUGGUGGUCCACGCCUGUAAUCCCAGCUACUCUGGAGGCUGAGGCAGGAUAAUUACUUGACUUGGGAGGUGGAGGUUGCUGCACUCCAUCCUGGGCGACAGAGCAAUACUCUGUCUCAAAAAAAAAAAAAAAAAAAAAAAAGCAAACUAGGUAACAUUUUAAUUCUAAUAUAUUCAUUUAAUAUGUAAAUCUAUAGAUAUCUCUUGAUGUAGAUAUUUAUUUAGAAUCCUUUAAAGUUAUUUGUACAACAGAUGUUUUUAUUAGUAAUUUACAUUAAAUUUAACUUUAAAGUUAUUGAAGCAUACUACCAUAAAUGCAAAAUUAUGAAAAAUUAGAAGCUAAAUUACAGAUUCAUUGAUGGCGUCAAUUAUGCAUAGUGGUCAGUGGUUGUUGAAGCAUGCAUUUCAUAUUGCUUCCCAGGAUUUGCAUGCAUUUCCCAUGAUCCUGCAUUCUUGUGUUCUUGAAAUACAGACUUUCUCAGAAUCAACAGUCGCGGCUUAAUUUGUCUAUUUUGUAAAUUUAGGCUACUAUUUUAUUAAAACUGGACAGAUACUUGGCUGAAUGCAAAUAGUUUUGCAGAUUGCAAUAUAAUAAAGGAAACAAUAAUAAAAACCAGUAGGCUAUGCUUAGGUUUUCUUAAAACCUAAAACUGCUGUAGGCUCGGUGCCAUGGCUCAUACCUGUAAUCCCAGUGCUUUGGGAGGCUGAGGUGGGAGGAUCACUUGAGACCAGAAGUUAGACCAAUUUGGGCAACACAGCGAGACCCCAUCUCUAUAAAAAAUUUUAAAAAUUAGCCAGGCGUGGUGGUGUACACCUGUAAUCUCAGAUACUUGGGAGGUUGAGGUGGUAGGAUCGCUUGAGCUCAGGAGUUUGAGGCUGCAGUAAGCUAUGAUCACGGCCACUACACACCAGCGUGGUAGCCUAGGUGAAAGAUGGAGACCCUGUCUCUUAAAAAAAAAAAAAAAAAAAAAAGGCCGGCCUAUAAUCCCAGCACUUUUGAAGGCCAAGACGGGCAGAUCAUUUGAGUCCAGGAGUUCAGGAUGAGCCUGGGCAACGUGGCAAAACCCUGUCUCUACCAAAAAAUUAAAAAAUAAAUAGCUGGGUAUAGUGGCACAUUCCUGUAGUCCCAACUACUCAGGAGUCUGAGGUAGGAGGAUCAUUUGAGCCUGGGAAGUCAAGGCUGCAGUGAGCCAUGCUGGCACCACUGCACUCUAGCACUCCAGCCUGGGCAACAGAUUAAGACCCUGUCUCAAAAAAAAAAAAAAAAAAAAAGUCAAAAAUAGAUAAAACAGGUCUAUAUAAACGUAUAACCUGUUACCUGUGUGAAAUGGCCCUGAUUCUAUUACUGUUAUAUGCCAGUUUGUUUAUAGAUUUCUGUGUGUUUGAUUUGAACUUUUUUUUUUUUUGAGACAGACUCUCACUCUAUUGCCCAGGCUGGAGUGCAGUGGUGUGAUCUCGGCUCACUGCAACCUCUGCCUCCCGGGUUCAAGCAGUUAUCUGCCUUAGCCUCCCAGGUAGCUGGGAUUACAGGCACCCGCCACCACGCCCAGCUAAUUUUUGUAUUUUUAGUAGAGACAGGGUUUCACCAUCUUGGCCAGACUGGUCUUGAACUCCUAACCUCAGGAUCCACCCGCCUCAGCCUCUCAAAGUGCUGGGAUUAUAAGCGUGAGCCACUGUGCCCAGCCUAGUUUGAACAUUAUUGAGCUGUUGAAUAUAAACUUGAAAAUAAUUUUCAAAUAAACACUUUCUAUGAUACAGUUUUCAGGUAGAAAAAUGAAUUUUCGUUGUGUUUAAAAACCAGCUUAUACAAAUAACACAUAGUAUAAACGGUAAUUGCCGCUGUCAUUUUAAAAAUCAGAAAAUAGUAAAUAAAAGGAUGUGGAAGAGUC